AUGAGGUUUGUCCAAUGCCUUGUUGAAGUCCGGGAUGUGGGUUCCAGGCUCGAUGGACGUAGCCAUCGGCUCCAAGAGGGAAGUUUCAGACAGUCGCAAUCGCGGAAGCCUGCUCCGUUCGAUCCGAGAUGCCCGCCAAGCUCACGUGCGCAGCCCACAAAGCCUUUUCUUUCACUUCUAUUGCUUUGCAAUAGCUGCAAUAGCCUUUGCAAGCUUGUGCUGCCACAGGUACCGCUCGACCUUCAUCUCUGUCCAGGCCAGGAGCCCUCGACGUUCUGCGCGCGUGUGCUGCGCCCGUGUGGGCGUGCCCGUGUGUGCCUCGGUGUGCCUCCGUGUGCCUCCGUGUGCCUCCGUGUGCCUCCGUGUGCCUGCGUGUGCCUGUGUGUGCCUGUGUGUGCCUGUGUGUGCCUGUGUGUGCCUGUGUGUGCCUGUGUGUGCCUGUGUGUGCCUGUGUGUGCCUGUGUGUGCCUCCGUGUGCGGGCACGGCGCCCACCCGGCCCAUGGCCCCUGCAGGACCAGGACGUGGUGCGCGGCGCCAGCCAGCGCGCUCGCAGCCUGCCUCCUCGGAGCGAGUCUGCUGGCCAUGAACACGCAGAGUCCCGGUUCGUGGAAAACCUCCUGCAAAGGCGUGCAGCGUCCUUCGGCUUGCACGAGACCGAGGACUGCAAGAUCGAGACGGUCGAGGAUGCCAAGGAUGCCACGGAUGCCGAGGAUGUGGGGGAUGUUCCGGUUUCGCCUUCUGAGGAGGCUGAGGUGUUGGAGGAGGUGUUGGCCCUGAGUGAAGGCGGCUUUGGUCACCCAGAGGUGUGCGGACGUCCUUGCGUUCGCUUCAUGCACGGCAACUGUGAACAGGGCGCCGCGUGCCAAUACUGCCAUCUAGAGCACACGAGGCCAUGGAGGGGAACAGAGACCUGGCGAGCUGUCUGCGCCACACUGCGCAGUCAUCGCCGUGUCAUUGCCGGAACCUGGGAGUCUGGGGAAAUCUGGGAACAGGGCCGCGCCCUUGUGAGGCCGAAGCUGAAGCUUGACAAGCGACAGCGUCAGUGUCUCGACAGCUUGAACGAGCAGCAGGCCCUGCGCGUGCUGUCCGUCCUCCUGCCCUACAUCGCCACGCGUUGCCAAGAUCAGGGCCUUGCUGAGCCGAUGGCGGAGGUUUUGGGCUUGCUCCAAAGCAGGCUCCAAGAGCUCUCGGCGCCGUUGCCAACGACGCCUGUGCCGCGCAGCAAGAGCACAUUCCUGCGAGUGAUCCUGAAGAGGCGGAGAACGGCGGAGAAGUUGUGCGCAUGUUGCGCAUGUUGGUUGUCUGAUGCAAACCUUACGACGUGA